AUGCACUUUCCCUCUGGCAUACCUCAGAAAGCUAUUUUAUUGGAGUGCAAGGCUAAAAAAGAUGUGUCUGCGGAUUCUUUAUUAAAAGAUUGCAUGUUAAAUAGUUAUGGAGUAACUGAGUCAGAAAAAACGGAUAGUUUUUCGGGAUUUGGGGCACUGAAGACACCAGAAGCUUCUCAAUCUUCAGAGGAUCAAGAGUCGAAUCUUUUGGCAUCUGCUCUUGAUUCUCAGGUAGGGUUGCCUGAGGUGUCUCGUCAAAAACGACGACGACGAAGAACAGCACCACAAGAACUAGCAAUAUUAGAAGAAGAAUAUCUUAAGGAUGAGAGACCAAACUUGUUGAAUCGAGAGAGGAUUGCUGCUAAAAUCAAUAGUAUGUCUACAAGUGAAGAUAAGAUGGGCAGUCGUGAAAUUCAGAUUUGGUUUCAAAAUAAACGUCAGGCAAUGCGUCGUCAAACAUCAUGUUCCGUUCUGUCCAAUGUUCAUUUAGGGACUGUUUCUAGUUCGCAGGCGACAAAACAGUCUUGUCAUCGGGAGGUUGAUGUGCGUUUUCAGCAACACAUAGAACAUAGAAUUUCGUCUUUUAAACGAAUACCCAGUCUCCGUUUGUGGACAAACGAAGGAGGCAAAGCACAAGUAAUGUUUAAUAUUUUGCGAGAAAACAAAAAUACCUAUGGAAUAUAUAAAGAUAAUGAUGGAAAACUUGAGGGCAAAUAUGCAUCGUAUUCUAUGGGCAAGGAAAAUGUGCCACCUGUAUCUGAAAAAAAUGAAAAAAGUGAGAUGGGAGAAGAUGAGAUGGAAGAAUGUGCACGAAGUUUGGUAGGGUUAGCACGGGGAUGGUAG